AACUCAACACCUGCACACAAUAACCCUGAAUACUCACAGGUCGUUGAUAAGAUGAAGGCCAUGCAGGUGAUUUCCCUGACUCUGCUGUCUGUGCUGGCAGUGAGCGCUGAGGUGCUGAGGUUUGGCAGAUGUCCCAAACCUGCAGUUCAGGCCGACUUUAACCCCUCCAUGUACAUUGGCAAGUGGUAUGAGAUCAUGAAGCUGCCAACAUUCUUCCAGAAAGGCGAGUGCGGCACCGCCACCUACAGCGCCAAGAGCCCCGGGGUCAUCGGGGUCCUCAACAGUGAGCUGCUUGCUGAUGGAUCUACUAACUCUAUCCUCGGAUCUGCUAAGGUGAAGGACCCCGCGGAGCCCGCCAAGCUGGAGGUCUCCUUCAAUGCUUCUCCCCCUGGUCCCUACUGGGUGCUCUCCACAGACUACGAGGGUCACUCUCUGGUCUACGGCUGCAGAGACUACGGCAUCUUCCGCAUGGAGUUUUCCUGGAUCCUGAGCCGAGAGCCCACCAUCCCUGAGGAGACCGUGGAGGAGCUGCACGGCAUCCUGUCCUCCAUCGGAGUCGACGUUAGCAAGAUGGUCCCGACCAACCAGGACGAGGCUUUCUGCAGCGCCAUGAGCCAGUAAAAAGCUUCUGUUUCAGCCUCUACAGGAAUGUGGACAUAGAUUCAUGACACACCUCUGUAUGCAGUGUGUGCUGUGCCUCGUUCUGUAUACAUUCUGCAAAGUCAAUGCAAUAAACAUGUGGAAAGAAAUCAGUGUUGUGCUGAACUAGGCUUGUUCAAAAACUUGUAAAAUGUUCAUUAUGCAAGCCCAAUGAUAUACCAGUUAUGUCUCAAAUGGAGCAUUGUAUUUGAAAUUGCACACAUUUACAGAGAAUAAAUAUGGCACCAAUAAAAUAAGAGCUGACAAACAAAUGCAAAUUA